UGCAGCGUCAGUCUGGAGUCGCACAAUUAUGAAAAAGCAACCUUCCGUUGGAGCUGCAGCCGAAGCGGAUCUCUCCAACGUCCACCGGGCUUUCCUUCCAAGGCUAACCGAGAGCACCGGCGAUAGAUGGAUAAAAGCCACGACACAGCUCUUCCUGAGUCUCAACGGUGAAGAGAAUGUCCCAGAAACCCUGGAUAGAAAGCACUUUCACCAAGAGGGAAUGUGUGUACAUACUUCCAGUGUCAAAGGACCCCCACAGAUGCCUUCCAGGAUGCCAGAUUUGCCAGCAGCUAGUCCGGUGCUGCUGUGGGCGGCUGGUGCGGCAGCAUGUUGGCUUCACAGCCAGCUUGGCCACAAAGUACUCGGACGUGAAGCUGGGUGAAAACUCCAACCUGUCCAUGCCCGAGCUGGAGGAGUGGUCGGUGGAAAAACACACAGAGGCGAGCCCCACUGAUGCCUAUGGUGUCGUCAACUUCCAGGGAGGGUCUCACUCAUACAGAGCCAAGUAUGUGCGUUUGUCCCACGACUCGCGGCCGGAAAGCAUCCUGCGGCUGAUGCUGAAGGAGUGGCAUAUGGAGCUUCCCAAGAUCCUCAUCUCUGUCCAUGGAGGAGUUCAGAAUUUUGAUCUGCACCCACGCAUCAAGCAGGUGGUGGGCAAGGGCCUCAUCAAAGCUGCAGUCACCACCGGGGCCUGGAUUCUCACUGGGGGGGUCAACACAGGUGUGGCAAAGCAUGUGGGUGAUGCUCUCAAAGAGCACUGUUCCAGAUCAUCCAAGAAAAUUUGCACUAUCGGGAUCGCACCCUGGGGAGUCAUUGAAAACAGGAACGAUCUCAUCGGCAGAGAUAUUAUCGCUCCCUAUCAGACACUACUGAACCCUCUCAGCAAACUAAAUGUUCUCAACAAUCUGCAUUCCCAUUUCCUCCUGGUGGAUGAUGGGACAGUGGGCAAGUACGGCGCUGAGGUCCAACUGCGGCGUGACCUGGAGAAGCACAUCAACCUCCAAAGAAUACAUGCACGUAUUGGUCAGGGUGUACCCGUUGUGGCCCUGAUCUUUGAGGGGGGUCCCAAUGUGAUCCUGACUGUGCUGGAGUACCUUCAGGAGAGCCCUCCCGUCCCAGUGGUGGUGUGCGAGGGGACCGGCCGUGCUGCUGAUAUACUGGCCUACGUCCACAAGCAGACAGAGGAGGGAGGCGGUCUUCCUGAUGGAGUGGAGACUGACAUCAUUGCAACCAUUAAGAAAACCUUCAACUUCAGCCAGAGUGAUGCCAUCCACCUCUUUCAGACUCUGAUGGAGUGCAUGAAGAGCAAAGAACUGAUCACUGUGUUUCACAUCAGCUCCGAGGAGCACCAGGACAUUGACGUAGCCAUUCUGAGGGCUUUACUCCAAGGCACGAACGCAUCUGCCUUCGAUCAGCUGGUCCUGACUCUGGCCUGGGACCGUGUAGACAUUGCCAAGAAUCAUGUGUUUGUGUACGGACAGCAGCUCCUGGUGAGCUCUCUGGAGCAAGCGAUGCUGGAUGCACUUGUGAUGGACAGGGUGGAUUUUGUCAAGUUGCUCAUUGAAAAUGGUGUGAGCAUGCACCGUUUCCUGACAAUCAGUCGGCUGGAGGAGCUUUACAACACGAAACAACCUCCCAACAACCCAACUCUGCUUCAUCUGGUUAGAGAUGUUAAACAGAGCCAUCUGCCUCCUAACUACAAAAUCACUUUGAUUGACGUGGGGCUGGUUAUAGAGUACCUGAUGGGCGGGACUUACAGGUGCAACUAUACCAGGAAACGCUUCCGAAUAAUUUACAACAAUCUCCAUGGCAACAAUAGGAGAUCGGGACGCCACACAUCAGGUCCUGGCUCUCAUUUGAGGAAAACUCAUGAGUCUUUCAGCAUGCAGGCUGACAAGAAGGAGAAGACGAGGCACAACCACUUCAUCAAGACCGCUCAGCCGUACAAACCCAAGCUGGAGUCUUCCGCAGAGCAGAACAAAAAGAGGAGCAAAGAAGAGAUUGUGGACAUAGACGACCCAGAGACACGGCGGUUUCCCUACCCUUUCAAUGAGCUCCUGGUGUGGGCUGUGUUGAUGAAGAGGCAGAAAAUGUCACUAUUCUUCUGGCAGCACGGCGAGGAGAACAUGGCAAAGGCACUGGUGGCCUGCAAACUCUGCCGGUCGAUGGGCUACGAGGCCAAGAAGAGCGACGUGGUGGACGACACGUCAGAGGAGCUCAAGCAGUAUUCAAAUGAGUUUGGGACGUUAGCAGUCGACCUGCUGGAGCAGUCAUUCAGGCAAGAUGAGACCAUGGCCAUGAAGCUGCUGACCUAUGAGCUGAAGAACUGGAGCAAUUCCACCUGUUUGAAGUUGGCCGUCUCCUCCCACCUGCGGCCCUUUGUGGCUCACACCUGCACCCAGAUGCUGCUGUCAGACAUGUGGAUGGGACGGCUGAACAUGCGCAAGAACUCCUGGUACAAGGUGAUUCUGAGUAUCUUGGUGCCUCCUGCCAUCCUGCUGUUGGAGUACAAAUCCAAGGCUGAGAUGGCUCACAUCCCUCAGAGUCAGGACGACCACCAGAUGACCAUGGAGGACAGUGAGAACAACUUUCAGAACAUAGCUGAAGACAUCCAAAUGGAUGUGUUCAAGGAGACCAGAUCCCACGACCAUGUGGAGGCGAAAAAUGACAUGGAGACGCACAUUCGCUCCAGAAAGCUGCCCUUAACCAGGAAAAUUUAUGCCUUCUACCACGCUCCCAUUGUCAAGUUCUGGUCCAACACGCUCUUCUACCUGGGCUUCUUGAUGUUCUAUUCGUACGUGGUCCUGGUGAAAAUGCCUGACUGGCCUUCUCCUCAGGAGUGGGUGGUCAUCCUCUACAUCUUCACCUCUGCCAUUGAGAAAAUUCGAGAGAUGUUCAUGUCUGAAGCAGGCAAAAUAAGCCAGAAGAUAAAAGUUUGGUUCAGUGACUAUUUUAAUGUUUCCGACUUUCUGGCCAUCAUGAUCUUCUUCAUCGGCUUUGGCCUGAGGUUGGCUGGAGGUGAUGCCUUCGUCCCUGGCAGGACAGUUUAUUGUCUGAAUAUCAUCUUCUGGUACGUGCGGCUCCUCGAUAUCCUGGCUGUCAACCAGCAGGCUGGGCCGUAUGUCAUGAUGAUAGCUAAAAUGGUGGCCAACAUGUUUUAUAUUGUGGUAAUUAUGGCUAUAGUCCUUCUGAGCUACGGCGUACCCCGGAAAGCCAUUCUGUACCCAGAUGAGGAACCCAGCUGGACGCUGGCCAAAGAUGUGGUCUUCCAACCGUACUGGAUGAUGUACGGGGAAGUGUAUGCCUAUGAAAUCGAUGUGUGUGCCAAUAACAGUGAAGCAUCAGUAAAGUCCCUGUGUACUUCAGUAGUGUGGCUGACUCCUCUCCUACAAGCAGUCUACCUCUUUGUACAGUAUAUACUAAUGGUCAACCUCCUCAUCGCCUUCUUCAACAAUGUGUAUAUACAAGUGAAGUCCAUUUCUAAUCUGGUGUGGAAGUACCAGCGCUACCAUUUCAUUAUGGCCUACCAUGAGAAGCCUGUCCUCCCACCUCCCUUCAUCCUCCUGUGCCAUAUCUACUCCCUCUUCUGUAUGUGCAGAAAGAGGAAGAAGGAGAACACCUACGGACCAAAGCUGUUUCUCACUGAGGAAGACCAAAAGAAGCUUCACGAUUUUGAGGAGCAGUGUGUGGAGACGUACUUUCAUGAAAAGGAUGAUCAGUUUCACUCGGGGAGUGAGGAGCGCAUACGUCUUACCUCAGAAAGAGUUGAGACCAUGUGUUUGCAGCUGAGGGAGGUCGGGAACAAGGUCAACUUUAUAAAACGCUCUUUGCACACACUGGACUCCCAAAUCGGCCACCUGCAGGACCUCUCAGCUCUCACUGUGGACACUCUUAAGACCCUCACUGCUCAGAGGGCUUCAGAGGCCAGCAAGGUCCAUAAUCAGAUCACCCGGGAGCUCAGCUUGUCUAAGAAUGUUGUCCCUAGCAUCGCCCCUGUAGCAACAGACACCGGCCCCCACUCCAAAUCGUCCUUUAUAGGCAAACGUAGUGUGGGACCCUACUUCGGCUCCUCUUUCCCCAAGACAGGAGUCGACAUAGCAGAUUCUCUUUUUGGAGUUGGUGUAGGAGGAGGGGCUGGGACGGAAAGUAGCCGGAGAGUCGGGCCCAGCCCUGGAGCAGGACUGGGGCUGGAUCCCAGCCUGAACCCACAGUUGAGUCCAGAAAAGAGGGAGUUGUUUGGGCUCAGGCACCUUGCUGCAGAGGCUGGCUCCUCAGGCAGUGCCGGCUCCAGUGCCUUUGUCCAAAGUGCUGUGGCCUUUUCCCCUACGGAGCUGCGUCUCCGAGGCCACUCUCUCACCCAGAGUAAGCUGUCCCGUCCACAAGAGCCGGGCCUUUCCGACUCCCCAUCCAGCCUGCCCAACGAACCCUCCCCCGGGGCUCAGUUCCACAUCAGCAGCACCCCUUCCAAGCCCAGUGGCUUUAGCCACCCAGAGCUCCCUCUGGCUGGGCUUUACCAGCAGCCCCUCCAUCCAGACAGCACCACUGUAGAGUUUGGUGCAUUUGUGGGUAAGUGUGAGAAUGAGGGUGAAUCUGGUGUUGAUGAGAAGAUAAAAGAGGAGGAUGAAAACUGUGUGUGUUUGUAUCCUACUGUUGUCAUUGUCUCGCCUUCGGGCUUUGCUCAGCCUGUCUGCUUGCCUGCUUGCACUGUGAAGUCUGAGAAUGCAGAGGGGUUAGGAAGCAGGGAGAGAGAGGGUGAGGUGAGUUGGGGGUACGUGAACGAGGCAUUCUGUGACGACGAGGGCAGGUCGGGCUCGCACUGUAGACAGAGUGCAGACACUGAAGUUCCACUGGCUCCAGUAACUGAUCCAACGCUGGGUCACGCCCACGGAAAUUGCGCCAGACCAAGUUGUGCUCGUGGCCCCGCUGUGGCACCAAGGAGACCCCACAAACGAAAAAGCAGGAAACGGAGUGAGUCGGGACCACCAGCGUCCCGCUGUGAGGGUCAAAGUGGGUCAGAAGUCCCCCUUGACAAGAGGAACACGACAAGACAGCCGAACAAAACGAGAGGACAUAAAGACAGUUUGGAGCUCCAGCACUCUACGCCCAAAGAGACCUCCACCUCCAGCAGACAGCAAAGCCCAACUACACAGACCAGAUCGCAGGCUCAGCCUGAAGGUCAUGGUCAGAUCAGAGCUGUCAACUCCUACGCUGGCUUCACAGAGUUUGACAGAAACCCAGCUUUCCUCCAUCCUGAAUCCACUCUAACAAAGAAGGACAGAAGCAGAGUGUCAGCUGAAGAUAUCCUCAUCCAUGAGGACCCCAGGGCUGUAGUACUGGAAAGAGUUCAGGUCAAAUCAGCCCAAGCCAGCAGCCUGCGAGACCCUGGCGAAGAUACACUAAGUGCUGCAGUUUCUAUCUACACACCAAGACACACCCACCUGGGAGCAAGAAAGGACUCUAUUGGCUCUCCUUUCAAGCCCAUGGAAAGCUACCAGUACUCAGCUGUUGAGCGCAACAACUUGAUGAGGCUGUCCCAAAGCAUCCCUUUCACUCCUGUGCCCCCUAGAGGGGAGCCGGUGACUGUGUACCGUCUGGAGGAGAGCUCUCCCAACACAAUCAACAACAGCAUGUCUUCCUGGGCCCAGCGGGGCCUCUGCGCCAAAAUAGAGUUCCUCAGCAAGGAGGAGAUGGGUGGAGGACUCAGGCGGGCCCUCAAGGUGCUCUGCACUUGGUCAGAGUACGACAUCCUGAAACCGGGACACCUGUAUAUAGUCAAGUCCUUCCUUCCUGAGGUGGUCCAAACCUGGCAGAGCAUCUACAAGGAGGACACUGUGCUGCACCUUUGUCUCAGGGAAAUUCAACAACAACGAGCUGCUCAGAAACUGACCUUUGCCUUCAACCAAGUCAGGCCGAAGACAAUUCCUUAUUCACCGAGGUUUCUGGAGGUGUUUCUGCUUUACUGUCACUCAGCCGGACAGUGGUUUGCCAUAGAAGAGUGCAUCACCGGGGAGUUCAGGAAGUUCAACAACAACAACGGGGACGAGAUCGUCCCCACCAACCUCCUGGAGGAAACCAUGCUGGCCUUCAGCCACUGGACCUACGAGUACACCCGCGGAGAGCUGCUGGUGCUCGACCUGCAGGGUGUUGGGGAGAUUUUGACAGAUCCUUCAGUCAUAAAGAGCGGUGAGAAGGGAUCUUACGAUAUGAUAUUUGGACCGGCCAACCUGGGGGAUGAUGCCAUUAGGAACUUCCGUGCAAAACACCACUGCAACUCCUGCUGUCGGAAACUCAAACUGCCUGAUCUGAAGAGGAACGAUUACACACCAGAUAAGGUGACGUUCCCACAAGAAGACCCUCCCAACCCAGGGAGCGGUGUCAAGGAGUCUCGCCAAUCAAUGAGGUUGAUGCUGUGAUUGGUGAAAGCACGAGAAUGAUCACGAUCUGACACUAUUCUGAUUUAUUUUAAGUCAAAGCCAAGAAGCAGAAAGGUGCACCCAAAUCAACUGGAAAAACCACACCUGGGUUUCCGUGGAAACCAGUGCAUGCAGACUGUGUCAUGUUUUUGUUUUUGUUCUGUUGUUCCCACCAAAAUGCUGUGUCGCACACACAAUUCAAGCAUCUUAAUCUUUUGGGGGUUUUUUAGCACAUACAUGGGGGGAAAAAUUUUAAACAUAUUUUGUACACGUUUAUGGGUAUAUGAAAAAAAACAAACACACAUAUAUAUAAAUAUAUGUAUGUGUGUGUAUAUAUAUAUAUGAAUGAACUGGAUAUAUCAACAGGUACAAUAUCAUUUCAGAGGGUUUAUUAUUUAUUAUAAAGUUUGAGAUGUUGCCUUGUUUUAGCGAAAAAAAAAAAACAAAUCUAAGUGCAUUGUACAUCUGUUACAGCAGCUUCAGA